AUGGAGAAAAGCAAAAGAAAUCUGAUUCGGUGCUACCUUGUGGCAGUCGACAAUGCCAGGGAUGACCUCCCCUUCCGUUCUCUCUCUAAUCAUGACGAUGUCGACAUUUUCUCAUGGAGGCAAACCAGGUACAUUGAAGCAGUUCACUAUAGGAAGCGUACAAAUCAAGUAUGCCUUGUUCUUCUUGAUCAAUUCGAUGACCUCCAGCGGCACCUUCGGCAUAUUUCCGUGGACAUCGUAGCGCUCAACGGAGCCGGUGACGAGACCAAUUCCGUCGUCGGGAAUCAAGACGAGGGCGCAUGGAUCUCCGUCUCUGGGCCGAGGCAUCUCGGUGACGGAUCUGUGAGAGGUCAAGCAGGAGCAACAUGA